AUGUGGGCGGCGAGCGCGUGCUGCUCGCGCCAGGCAGGCGAGGGCGGCGGCAGCGCCACGGCCGCGCGAACCCCCGUGAAGACCUUCCAGGCGUACCUGCCGCCGGCGCACCGCACCUACAGCUGUAUACACUGUCGCGCGCACUUGGCCAGUCAUGACGAGCUUAUAUCUAAGUCGUUUCAAGGCAGCCAGGGGCGCGCGUAUCUCUUCAAUUCAGUUGUAAACGUGGGUUGCGGGCCGGCGGAGGAGCGUGUGCUUCUGACAGGACUGCAUGCAGUCGCCGACAUCUACUGCGAGUGCUGCAAGACGAUGCUCGGAUGGAAAUAUGAGCACGCGUUCGAAUCGAGUCAGAAAUACAAAGAGGGCAAGUUCAUAAUAGAACUGGCUCAUAUGGUGAAGGAGAACGGGUGGGAUUAG